AUGGAUACUUAUACUUCUAUCGUCGUGAUCCUAUGCAUCGCUUUAUUUGCAAUCAAUCUAAUUUUUGCUUGUUUCACUUGCUUCUCCAUUCUUCAUAGCUUCAUGACAGAGACAACAAACCAGGAUUUUAGUGAUCUCAGGAAGAAUCUUAUUGAACCGGAAGAAGCUAAACCAGAUGAUGAGAAGGUAAUGAUCAUUGCAGUCUCAAGUAACCAAGGAUUCUCUGGCUCUAUGGAUUGUGAUGAUUGUGGCCAAGAUUGCUCCCAUGAUAUUUGUGCUUGUUGAACAAAGGUUGGAUUCUAUUUUCACUACACACUUUCUCCUCAUGUUUUGCAUUUUUCUUCUUUGAUCAUUCCUACUUGUAAAUGGUGAAAACUGUGGGUUGAGAGUAUUACAUCUUAUGCAUCAGAAUCCAGAAGUGCUUUUUUUUUCAUCUUGUAUCACGAGAAAUAGUAAUCUGAACAUGUAUUAUACUAUUUUAUGUAUAAUGUAUCACCAUGUUUUAAUAUAGUUUGAACAUAUGUAUUAUACUAUA